CUUCCUGUGGGAAUAAUUCUGGACACUCAGGGAGCCAGGCGGGGACAGCGGGGUUGGCCAGGGCUGCAUUUCAGACGGGGGGCCUCUGGAGGACACCCAUGAAGAAGGGACCCGGCUGCCCGGCCUCUCCUUCCUCUGGGCCCUGCCAUCAUGGCCCUGCAGAGAGGGCCUCUCCUGCUGCUGACCCUCAGCCUGGGCCUGGCCAGUGCCCAGAAGACUCUAGAAGAGGUGCCAGUACAGCCAGGGUUUAAUGCCCACAAGGUGGAUGGACGCUGGCUGACCAUCCAGCUGGCUUCCAGCCGCGCCCACCUGGUCUCCCCAGCCGAUCCCCUGAGGCUCGGCCUCCAUUCCAUCUGGACCCGGGACGAGAACGUGGAGUUCGUCUUGUUCUGGACAGGAGAGGGGGUGUGCAAAGGAAUGAACGUCACCGUCCAUCCAACCGGGCUCCAAGGCCAGUUCCAAGGCUCCCUGGAGGGAGGCGCCAGCAUGCACGUCCGCUUCGUCAGCACGGAUUACAGCAACCUCGUCCUCUACGUCCGCCUGGAGGACGCCGGCGAGGUCACCAGCCUGUGGGCCCUGCUGGCCAGAAGAAUGCUCGGGGACCCCACGUGGCUGGGGAAGUACCUUGAGUACGUUGCCAGAUUCCAGCUGCAGAAAGCUCCCGUCUUCAACCUCGACGCCCGGUGCCCCCCAGCCGAAGCCUAGGUCAGGGCCGCCGGAGACUUCGUGCCCGGUCCUCCUGACCCCUGCCUUCACCUCCCUACGCUCCACCUGCCUUGCUUGCCCCAGUGCCUCCCAAUCCCUCGGCCGCCUGAGGCAGCCCCCCCAGCCUGAGCCCGGCCCCCUGCUUGCCCCCUUCCUGGCCUCUCCCAGCAGGACCCGGGGGCGUGAGAACACUCUGAGUGGCCAGGAGGGGACGGGCAGCCCCCAGAGCUCUGGGCCACAUUGAACGCAGCACUGCAGUGUGGCAGGGGGGCCACCCGGGGAGUCUUCGGGGGCACAACCCCGCUAGGGGUGGGCCGGCGCUCCUCUGACCUGCUUCCACCUGGGUCCUGCUCUGGGACAGCUCCAGAGAGGUGCGCUGGGCCCGGGAGCCAAGCCGCACGUGCCCGGCCAGGUCAGAGAGUGGUGAGUGCGCACAGCACCUGUUCACGCUCUCCCCCGGACAGCCAGGGAAACAGGCCCGCGCACCUGCACGCCGGGGAGCUGGGACAGGCCAGCGCCCUCUCCUGAAAGUCAAGGGUGCCACCAGGGCAGUGCAUGGACCAACGGCGCUGCUCUGCCCGGGGCAGCCAGGGACCACCCACCGAAGGGCAGGCUCUCCAGAAACUGGGUCAGGGCCUCCAUACUCACCAUCUGGAAAUGCCGGAGACAGGUAUGACCUGACCCUGCCCAGCAACGCCCCGACAACGACAAGGCCUCCCGGGAGGCCCCACGCCCCGGAAGGCUGCGCGAGGUCAGCGCUGUGACAAACCAGUUGGCUCCUUGCGGAUGUCUCCCUGCGGCUCACUCAGAUGCCGGAGACGAGCAGGUGCUCAAGCAUGACGCUGCCCUGUGAACCAGGACACCCAUAUCGGAGAGAUGGAAUGGACAUCGUACAAUGAGAAAGUAAUGCUCAGACGUUUAGCAAGAAAUCUGCGGAACUUAUACGGAAAAAAAUUUUCAAGCCCUUACCCCGGGACAGUGAAAAAAAAAGACUUAAAUGUAUAUGGGUAUUCCUGCCUAGUGUUCGAUAUCAUAAAUAUUUAAUAACCCUCAAGUUAACCUGUCCAUCCAAGCAAUUCAGUCAAUAUUCCAGUGGGGGGGGGCCUGGGCGGCUCAGAUCUG